UAACUCCAUCAUAGUGAACUUCGAUAGACGGAAAGCCCGCACACCUCAAUCAGUAAUAAGCGGCCCAGCUAUGAAUUUCGCCUUGUUAGGAUUAUUGUGGUUAUAUUUGAUUGUGCAUGUCACCCACGUUUCUGGUCAAACUGAUAACUCUUUGGAUUUACCUCAAUGCAUAAACAACGUCGAUUGUGGGGAACUACUUGCAUGUAUCGAACUAAAAUGUCAAGACCCAUGUCCUGGGCCCUGCAAUGGUAAUGCCACCUGCGAGAUCUACAACCAUGUACCGUACUGUGCCUGCAAGCCUGGCUUCUCCGGCAACCCCUUCGGCGGCUGUCAGCGAGUGCCAGAUUCUCGAAGAGGUCCCACAUUACCAGGCAGCAGACCUUCUGGCAGAAAGGUCUACAGAGUGGAGCGCUUCUUAAGGGUCAAUUAUUUUGCUGCACUUCUUCACUGCACGGCUCAUGGUGGAAGAUUGGCGAGUAUCGAGUCAAAAGAUGAAAAGGAAUUAAUCAAGGAUGCGGUAGGUCAAUCAGGUAUACGUAACAGCCAGUUUUGGACGUCUGGGACAAACUUGCCCAUGGGACAAUGGGUCUGGAUGUCUUCUGGAGAACCGGUGCUUCCAGAUUACUCGGACUGGAGGCGUGGAGAGCCUAACAAUUCUGGAGAUGAACACUGCUUGGAGCUCUGGGAGAUAGAUAACAGCGGCUAUAUGUGGAACGACAAACGAUGUGCGGAGCAACGUUACCCGAUAUGUGAAUAUUUUGAAUAGGACCACUGUGUAUCGGUUUAGUUUUUUGCAAUAAAAACUAAAGGAAUACAGUUUUUA